UUAAUAUAUAUGUGUAUGGUCGUGAAUUCGAACUGGAAACUGACCAUAAGCCACUAGAGUGUAUUUUCAACAAGACAUCGAAACCCUCAGCAAGGAUCGAAAGAUGGGUAUUACGGCUUCAGUGCCACAACUUCAAGGUCGUUUACCGGCCUGGAAAGACGAACAUUGCCGAUGCUUUGUCUAGAAUGAACCAGAAGAGUCCAAAAGACCACAGCAGCGAGAAAGAGGACGUCAUCCGUUUCGUUGCCAUACAAGCGACACCCGUGGCCUUAACGACUAAAGAAAUAGAGAGAGCGUCAGAAAUCGACGCUGAAUUACAAAGUGUGCGAUACUAUAUCGAAUCGGGAGAUUGGACUAAAUGUAAACUGUCGGCAUAUGCGUGUGUAAAGAAUGAGCUCUGCAUGAUUGGUAGACUUGUUUUACGGGGGAAUCGAAUCGUUAUUCCUCAGAUGUUGCGAAGAAAGGUUUUGGAAGCGGCACAUGAAGGCCAUCAAGGAAUUGUAAAGACGAAAAGCAGAUUAAGAACGAAAGUAUGGUGGCCCAAGAUGGACAUAGAUGCUGAACGAGUGUGUAAAUCGUGUCAUGGAUGUCAAGUAGUCAGCCAGUAUAAUGUACCGGAACCCAUGAAACGGACCGAGAUGCCUACAGGCCCAUGGCAAGAUGUCGCAGUAGACUUGAUGGGGCCAAUGCCAACCGGAGAAUACUUGCUGGUAGUCGUGGAUUACUAUAGUCGAUACUACGAAGUUUCCAUUAUGCACUCAACAACUUCAGAAAAGAUUAUCAAAGCGCUAAACGAAAUUUUUGCUAGAUUUGGUUUUCCUUACUCGUUGAAAUCAGACAACGGGAGACAGUUUGUUAGUGAGGAGUUCAAGAGGUUUUUACAACAAGUGAAUAUUGAACACAGAACGUCACCACCACUUUGGCCACAAGCUAACGGUGAAGUGGAGCGCCAAAAUCGCACUCUUCUCAAGGCACUAAAAGUGGCCCAAGUUGAAGGCAAGGAUUGGAGAAAGGAGUUACCACAAUUCCUUCUUGCGUAUAGAACAACACCGCAAGUCACAACUGGAAAAACACCAGCGUUCCUUAUGUUCAAACGUGAACUGAGAAGUAAACUUCCAGAACUUAGGGGAGAUAUAGACGACUUUGAUGAGAACAUAAGGGAUCGCGAUUGGCGAAACAAGCUAGUACAAAAAGCUAAUGCAGAUGAAAAAAGGAGGGCAAAUGAUAGCACUAUUCUACCAGGAGACCAAGUACUACUACGGAACACUAAAACGUCAGGGAAGUUAGCUGCCAACUACGAAAAGGAGCCGUAUACGGUGGUCACGAAGGAGGGGAACGAAGUGAUGGUAGAGGCGGACGAUGGCUCGAUCUUUAGGAGAGACAGUUCAUUUGUAAAACCAUAUAAUAAUCCAGUGGAGACAGCUACGGAAAGCGAGUCCCAACAACAGCCGCAACCGGAUAGCGAAACGGUUAUCACCAAUAGACUUAAGCGGGAGAUUAGAUUACCCGAGCGAUUCAAUGAUUUUAUCAUGGACAAACCAAAGUGA